AUGUCUGAACCAUUAGACCCAAAGAAGCCCGCCGUGACCUCCGGUGCCCCUCGAGAGUUCUUGGUGUCCGUGGAAUUGUAUGUCCCCACUAUUGCGAGUGUUGGGCUGAGGAAGCCAGCGGUUUCUCGUCGUAAAACCGACAAUAGCAAGGCGGAGGAACACCCCAAGUCACUCAAAGAGAAAUCCAGCUGGAUAUCGGUGACUCGAACUCCCGCAGGUGCUGGACAGUGGCGGUCUGCAACAUGUAAGCUGAUGGACGAGGACGAAAGUUGUUCGCUUAAUAUCUACGUCGAUGAGACUAUUCUAUACCAGACCAUCUACGUACAUAUGCUCAACCAUACCGACAUCCGACACGCGGACUCCUCCUUAUUCCUACGCAAGAAUUGUGUGGCACUUGCAUCUGCUGGGCAACGGUGGGGCUCUUCAGUCAACGCAGAGCCCAUUUACGUCCAAUUUGAAGAUUCCGAUACGUGCAAUACCUGGAUGAUCUUGUUACGAUCGUAUUCUAAACCGGAGAUAUAUGGCCAAACCCUCGUCUCUCGGGAUGGCGGGCUCUAUCGCAUGUGGCGGCAGGUAGAGCUGUCCGUUUUGCAAGGACGCAACCUGGGGAAUCACUUCAAAGCCCAAAUAGAUGCAACAGCUAGCUCUGCUACACUCAGCGAAGUCGAUCCGCGAGAGGCAGACCCCGUCGAUUUGGAUGCUUUUUGCGAAAUCCAUCUCAACGACAACAUAUGUGCUCGCACGACAGUCAAGAAGGGGAUCGGCUCUCCUGACUGGCACGAAAAUUUUUCGUUUUCUGACUUGCCCCCUUUUGAGACCCUCGAGGUCACAGUGUGGAGAGAGAAGAGGCUUCUGAAACCCAUGGUACUUGGUUCAGUCCGCAUUGCACUGUCAAACUUUCGGCGAAGUGAAGCGGUGGAAGGAUGGUUUCCGGUCAUACAAGCUGGCGGAGUAAGCAACAGUAUUCAAGUCGGAGAGAUACGAAUGAAACUGACAGUAGAUGAGGAGAUAAUAUUACCUCAUUCUAGUUACUCGGGCCUUCUGACCGUACUCCGCGACAGGAAUGUCCUAGAGUGGAUGAGCGACUUCGAGCGCAGGCUACAUUUGCGGUCUACUUCUUAUCAGUUGAUGUGCAUUGCGAUUGCGAAGAAUGUUCUUGUUGAGCAUAUCACGGAGUAUGCCGAUCGUGAAGUUGACGGAACACCUAGCUCUCACAAUACCAUUUUUCGAGGGAAUACCACUUUCACGAAGACGAUGGAGCUUGCAAUGGCAUUUUAUGGGAAAGCAUUUCUUGAGUCUAGCAUCGGAAGCACCAUUCGACGCAUUUGCUCCGAAAAAAUUGCUAUCGAGGUCGAUCCUGUGAGGAGCGGCAAAGGUGCAAAAGAGGUCGAACGUGGUGUGGAUCAACUAAUACAUUGGAGCCAAGAGGUGUGGAAUCAGAUAUAUGCUGUGAGGGGCCAGUGUCCGCACGAGUUGCGACGUCUGUUCGAACACGUAAGAAAGCUCGUUGAGAAACGCUAUCAUACGAAAGAUUCUCAAGACGCCCCUAACCGGGAACUCCCCUGGCAAAGCGUUUCUGCCUUCUGCUUCCUAAGAUUUAUUGUUCCUGGCAUCUUGCAUCCUCAUCUAUUUGGAUUAUAUCCAGGUCUUCCCAGUGCUCGCAUUCAACGAAGUCUCACACUCAUCGCAAAGGUCAUACAAAGUCUUGCGAAUCUCAAUCCCAAUGUUCAGAAGGAGGACUUUAUGCGUGGGGUUCAGGACUUCCUCAAGCAGAGUCUGCCUGCAAUGAUAGAUUACAUUCUGGUCGUAUCGACGCCUAUCCAAGAUCCAUAUAGCCCACACUCCGGUCACCCAGCUCACAGCCACCAACGGCUCAAUGUUGUCAGUUCAUUGCACGAGAGAGGUACUACGAUGCCCGUCCUGGAAAGAGAGUCAAUUCCGCUGCUACCUCAUGUGCUUGACAUUCCAAAGCACCUAGCUUGCAUCACUUCCUCGGUUAUCCGAAGCGCACGGUCCGCUGACCCAAAGGGGAAAUCCUCUGAAGGAGACAAUCAGCAUCUGUCGAGUCUUUGUGCUCAAUGCUUUGACCUGGAGGAACAGAGUCUUGUUCGCGUCAGUCAAUUAGCCGGUGUGGAGUCACCCCCUAUUGCCCUUCAAUGGGGCGUACCUCGAAUAACAUCAACCGUCUCUUCCGCUGCUCCUCCAUCCCUGGCCUCACCUUUGAAAACCAGUGAGCCCCGAAGGAUGUCAAGGCCAUACACCGCACCAUCGCUGUCUGAUUUAUCUGCAGCAGGUCGCCGAAAAGCGCCAUCCGACAACUCGAUACCUUCAAGUCCCGUCCCCCAUGACCUGUCCAACCUACGCCGAGGCUCUGUUUCGGAUAUUCCUUCAAGCCAGAAGGUCCCCUCAUCUCCUGAAGAGCGAUCUCCACGGGCAAUAAAUCGACCACGCUUUUUGCGACCUAAAUCAAUAUCUGCCGACUCGUUAUCAUUAUUCGCAUCCCGUGCAAGUGCACAAUCUCUACGUAGUCCACCCGAAUUUCAAGAUGAAGCUAGCAGGAAGGGAAAGAAUAUGCUACAGGGGAUACUUACAAAGCGAUAAUCGCGACCGUCAUAUUUAUUUUACAUCCUAUUAUAUUACGUUCCCCGUACUGUAUUAAGAGUGUAUACAAUCCUUGAAUCCUCGGGAAAGGAUGAAAUUGAGCAAUGCAAGUGUCCACCGGUGCACGUGUGAUCGAUCAAGAAGAAUCCAAUCUUAAGACUCUUUCAAUCUGCCUAAGCACUUCCGCGGCUACAUCCUCAGAAGUGCUGCGGACAGUUAGGCGGCACAA